AUGGCGUGUCAUUGGUGGGGGCUCUCACCCCUGAGGCACCAAGUCCAUGCAAUCAAAAACCACCGUUACCUCCAUUGCCUCAACCUCCAUCGCCUCAACCUAAACCUCCUCAACCUCCUCAACCUCCAUCACCAUCGCCUCAACCUAAGCCGCCUCAACCUCCAUCACCUCAACCUAAGCCUCCUCAACCACCAUCGCCUCAACCUAAGCUGCCUCAACCUCCAUCUCCUCAACCUCAUACCUCAACCUAAGCCUCCUCAACCUCCAUCUCCUCAACCACCAUCUCCUCAACCAAAGCCUCCACAACCAUCUCCUCAACCUAAGCCUCCUCAACCACCAUCGCCUCAACCUCCAUCGCCACAACCUAAGCCUCCACAACCUCCAUCGCCUCAACCUAAGCCUCCUCAACCUCCAUCUCCUCAACCACCAUCGCCUCAACCUAAGCUUCCUCAACCUCCAUCUCCUCAACCAAAGCCUCCACAACCACCAUCUCCUCAACCUAAACCUCCUCAACCACCAUUGCCACAACCUAAGCCUCCACAACCACCAUCUCCUCAACCUCCAUCACCACAACCUAAGCCUCCUCAACCUCCAUUGCCUCAACCUCCAUCUCCUCAACCACCAUUGCCUCAACCUAAGCCUCCUCAACCACCAUCGCCUCAACCUAAGCUUCCUCAACCUCCAUCUCCUCAACCACCAUCGCCUCAACCUAAGCCUCCACAACCACCAUCUCCUCAACCUAAGCCUCCUCAACCUCCAUCUCCUCAACCACCAUCUCCUCAACCAAAGCCUCCACAACCACCAUCUCCUCAACCUAAGCCUCCUCAACCACCAUCACAUCAACCUCCAUCGCCACAACCUAAGCCUCCACAACCUCCAUCGCCACAACCUCCAUCUCCUCAACCACCAUCGCCUCAACCUAAGCUUCCUCAACCUCCAUCGCCUCAACCUCCAUCGCCACAGCCUAAGCCUCCACAACCUCCAUCGCCACAACCUAAGCCGCCUCAACCACCAUUGCCUCAACCUCCAUCGCCUCAACCUAAGCCUCCUCAACCUCCAUCGCCUCAACCACCAUCUUCUCAACCGAAGCCUCCACAACCUCCAUCGCCACAACCUCCAUCUCCUCAACCUAAGCUGCCGCCUCCAUCCCCUCAACCACCAUUGCCUCAACCUAAGCUGCCGCCUCAACCUCCAUCAACUCAACCUCCAUCGCCUCAACCUAAGCCUCCUCAACCUCCAUCUCCUCAACCACCAUUGCCUCAACCUAAGCCUCCUCAACCUCCAUUGCCUCAACCACCACCAGCUCCUCCUCAACCUCCAUUGCCUCAACCACCACCAGCUCCUCCUCAACCUCCAUUGCCUCAACCACCACCAGCACUUCCUCAACCUCCAUUGCCUCAACCACCACCACCACCGCAGCCUGGUUGCCCGCCUCCACCAGACUGCAAUUCUGAUUGCGAGCAUCCCCCAGAACCUGAUUGGCCACCUUACGAGCCAUGGGUUCCACCUCUCAUAAAUCAAAACUGGAAGUGUUGGCAGUCACUUAACUCUAUUGGAAAUUGUAUAGAAGAAAUUAUAAUAUCAGUCCGUACCGGCAAUAUUGUUGUUGGUUCAGCUUGUUGCUAUGCCUUCAAAGACAUCAGUGAUGAUUGCUUUAACAGAAUGUUUGUUCCUUACAAUCCGGUGCUUCCGCUUGCUAUCAGAGAACACUGCUUCAGCCUUCCUUAGGGAUAUUAAAUCAUUAGAAAUUUUGUAAUUUGUUAUGGUUUAGGUUGAAUAGUUUUAUUAUUUUAACGUUUUUUAGAUUUUUUUCAUUCUUUAAACUGAUUUAGGAAGAUUGUUUCCCAGUUGCUUCAAUGAGACUUGUGUUUUCUUUCAUAUA